AUGGCUACUGAAAGUCUUCAAGCUCGACUGACCGAUUUCGAGCGUCAAGCACGUGGUGUAUGUAUAGGUGUAAAUCAUUUAGCGCUUGACAGUGAACGUGUUAGACAAGCUGAAUUAUUACAAAAAAUUAUACAACUAGAAAAAGAUAUUCAACAAUCGAGUGCACAAAAAUCCCAUUUACCUGAAGCAGCAGCUGAGAUUCGUGAUGAUGUGAAGAAUAAUACAUCAGCAUUACGUUACUUAGAAACCAUAUCUCAAUUGGAGAAUUCAUUUACAGUUCUAACAGAAAAUGUCACUGAAACGUCUGUACAAUUAAGUGCUCCUAAAGAGUUAAAAGAUGAAGUUCAUGUGAAAAAGGAAUUAACUGGUAAUGUGAAAAGUUGUUGGACAUAUGUUUCUCAAUUGGCCCGAUUAAGUCAAGUGCACAUUAGGAAUGCUGCUGAAUACCAUCAGUUUCAUCAUGCAGUUAAUGAAGCUGAAGCCAGUUUGAAAGCACGUGUACGGAUGACAGAACCAAGAAAUACAAGAGCAUUACCUGCAACUUUGAAAAAUUGUACAAUUUUGGCCAAUGAAUUGAGGGAACAUCUUAAUCAUAUGAUUCAUUUAUGGGGUCGAUCGGGCAAUUUACUUGAAGAAAGCCGACGUAUUGUCCCUGUUCACUUAAGACUAGGCUGUGUUAUUGAUGGUCUGAGUACUAAUACAGAAUCCGCUAGUCCAGUUAUGGCUCGUAUGUUAACUUCAUUGACAGGACCAAAUUAUGAAUUAAAAGAAGGUGAAGAAGUACGUGUUAUAUCGAAUAAAGAUGAUCAACACUUUUGGACAGUGCAAACAAAUAGUGGUAUAGUAAAAAUACCAUCUGUUUGUUUAUGGAUAAGUGAUCCAGAUUUAGAAGCUGUGAAACGAUCAGUGAUACUUCGUGAAAAAUGUAUUGAAUCAUGGGAUUUACUUGUGGAAAGAUCACGUGAACGACUAAGAUCCUAUUACAGUUGUUUAUUAAAUCAAAUGGCAGAAAAUGGAGAUAUUCAGUAUCAGCAUAAAAUAGCUAUGGAUAAUUUUCUAGAAGAUUUAAGAGGUCUUCUCUUACCCAAUGAUACUAGAGCAACUGAAUUAAGCCAAGCUAUAUAUGCAUUUACAGAUAGAUUGAAAAUGACAGAUAUUAAUCGACAACGCAGUUCACAUGGUGGAGUAUUUUUGAGAGAACAAGAUAUUGUUUGUAUGCAUAGUCCAUUGUUAAGACUACGUGAUCAUGAACGUCAAAUGGACCAUUUACGUGCACAAUCUGAACUGGCUGGAACUCAUAUGACAAAUUAUUUACGUGAAAUUGAUGCAGAUCAAAAACGAGUUGAUCAGGAAUUAUCGUUGAUAGAUCAGUUACAACAUGAGAGUCAGUCUCAGUUGGAUCAAUUGAUAAAUCGUGUGAAAAGAUGGAGUAGCCGAUAUGAGCAUGAACCGAAUGUUGAUUCUAGCAUAUCCAAUUCUAGAAUGAGUUCUAGUUUAAAAUCUAGUACAAUAUCUGACAAUUGGGCAGGUAAUAAUCAAAUGUAUCCAAUAGAUGCAAGAUCACCUCAAUCUAUAGUUAGAGAAACAUCGCGAUUAUCGUCUAGAACAAGAUCAGAAUCAAUCCCACGUCCAGUACUUGAUGCCAUUACACAAAUUGGUGUUACAACCAAAACAACAGGAACUCAAAUUUCUCGUGACGACGGUGAUGGUGGUCGUAAUGAAAUAGAUUUAUCUAUAUCUAAAAGACAAUUUAUGCCAGCGACGAUUCCUGAAAGAAAACAAGUAAGAAAUGCAAUAACUCAAAUUGGAGUAUCAAAAGUCGAUGCAGGCACACAAGAUGACUAUCAUGGAUACAGUCCUAAGCGUUCAGUUAAAGAAGUAUUAUGUCAAAUAGGUCAAAUUACAGCAAAUGCUUCAUGUCAGACAUUAGAACAUUACAAACUACAACAAACACUUAAAAAGCCCACUUUAGAUGCGGUAGUUCAAUCUGGUGUUAUCACUAAGAAUAAUUCCACUCAGUCGGAAUACAUCACAGAAACCGUCGUGAAAAUGGACAUACCUGAAUCACAAAAAGCUGCACGAAAAUACAGCGUACUAGAUGCCAUCUGUCAAAUAGGACAGGUUACACAAACAACUGGAACACAAACAGAAGUAAAGAAUAUUGAAAGAAAUAAGAAAAACCUCGGUGUACAAGCAGAAAUGAAAAAGGCAUGGCAGCACACAGUAAACACAAAUGAGGCCGCAUGUCAAAUAGGUAGGAUAACAAUUAACGCUAGCACAGAGAUGUCACCAAUGAUGGUCAGUAAGGAAGAAGUGAUAAAACAAGAGAUUAAAAAAAGUGAUAUAAUAUGUCAAAUAGGUAAGGUUCAAAUGACAAAAUCAACACAAACUAACGCAACAGAAAAGUUAAAAAAUACAACAAUUAAAGAUUCAGCAAACCAAUAUGAAAUCCAAAAGGCUUCAACCUCUAGUCAGGUAGAUGUUUUAACGGAAAAGACAUAUAAACGUACGCUUAAAUCUGUCAACGAUGUUAUAUGUCAGGUCGGACAGGUAAACCAUGAAGCAUCCACACAGUCAGUUGAAUACGUCACUACUAGACCGGCACACAAGGAUACUGGCAUUGAUCCGAUUCACGUGUGGGAAAAGAAAACGGCCAACGAUGUCGUGACGCAAACAGGAAUUGUUCACACAUCGAAAAUAACACAGGCUGAACUGGUACAAGAGCAACCGGUAUAUGUGAAAGCAAUAGAAACUCAGGAUGUACCGAUUACAUCGUACAGAAACACUGUAGAUGCCUACCAACAGGCUGACUUAAUUAAGCAUAUGCUACGCAAACCAUCAUCUGAUGUAGUAUGUCAAGUAGGAAGUGUUAUGGAAUCCUCAGGGAUCCAGAUAGAUGAACCCCAUAAAACUUCAAUGCUACUAGCGGGAACUCAAAGUGCCAAAACACCAACAUACACCAAGGAGAUUCAGACAGAUAUGGGAUUCCGAAUGGAACCGAAGUUUGUGUCGAAGGCUGUCAACGAUGUUAUAUGUCAGGUCGGACAGGUAAACCAUGAGGUAUCCUCACAAACAGGGAUUCCUUCAACUUUAUCAGUGGGAGUAGAUCCAAGACCAGGAGUUCCAGUAAGGCACCUGGGUUCAUACCAAGUACCACCAAACAUAGAGCAACAAAGUAUACAAGUACAGGCAGAUAUCAAACAGACGUUGAAACAUAUAGAUACGCAAACAGAAGCGAUAACAAGAGAAACUUUAAUAUCAACGAACCUCGUGAAAGAGAAACAGGUAGAAAUAUUUGAUGUAACAACUCAAUUCGAUAAAGUAACUAAAGAAAAAGACGUUCAAACAUUCGUAACAUGCAGGUCAAAAGAAACACAAACAAUAGAAAGUUCACCGGAUUUUGAAGUAAAAAUGAGGAGCCAACAAACAUUCACUCGAAUCAGAAGUAAUAAUUAUGACGUACAAACACAGUCAGGGACGAUAAAUAUCUCCCAAGCAUUCCAGACAUUAUUAGAUUACAAGCCAACAACAGAAAAACGAUCAACUGGAAUGCAGCACGAAGUGGAUAAAGGAGUGGUGGAAACUACCUAUCAUGAACCACAAACACAAGAAACACCAACACAAACUGAAAGAGCGAGAAUAAAAGAUCAACAAACAUUUACGUCAAUUGAAUUGAAAACAUUCGAUGUUCAGACCCAGUUUGGAAGUAUACUUAAGACACAGGCAGCACAAACGCCAGGUGAACAGAAGACCGUUGUCGAAGUGAGAGACAUAACUAUGCAACACCAGAAAAGUCCAGAGCCAAUUGUACACAAAAAACUACAAGCAAUAGUACAACCACCGACAAUUAACACUGAGACUCAGACGAUGGUAGAGAGACCACCACCGGUUAUCUUGCCACCAAAAGUAUUCGACGUUCAAACACAAUCAGGAUCAGUCACGUUAAAUUCAGAAACACAAACACCACAAGAACAUAGGCCAGUGGUUGCGACUAAAGAUGCGAGUGUGUAUCAUGAAACAAGACCUGUUCAAUCCGUUACCAAGAUGUUACAGGCCAUAGUCGUCCGACCACUAGAGAACAUGGCUACACAAACAGAUUUCUUAGCACAGCCUGUUGUUAUGCCUAUGGUGCAAACGACACAUCAUGAACCACAAACACAAGAAACACCAACACAAACUGAAAGAGCGAGAAUAAAAGAUCAACAAACAUUUACGUCAAUUGAAUUGAAAACAUUCGAUGUUCAGACCCAGUUUGGAAGUAUACUUAAGACACAGGCAGCACAAACGCCAGGUGAACAGAAGACCGUUGUCGAAGUGAGAGACAUAACUAUGCAACACCAGAAAAGUCCAGAGCCAAUUGUACACAAAAAACUACAAGCAAUAGUACAACCACCGACAAUUAACACUGAGACUCAGACGAUGGUAGAGAGACCACCACCGGUUAUCUUGCCACCAAAAGUAUUCGACGUUCAAACACAAUCAGGAUCAGUCACGUUAAAUUCAGAAACACAAACACCACAAGAACAUAGGCCAAUAAUCGAAAUGAAAGAUUUGAUUACACAACACGAGAAACGUCCAGAGCCAAUUGUACACAAAAAACUACAAGCAAUAGUACAACCACCGACAAUUAACACUGAGACUCAGACGAUGGUAGAGAGACCACCACCGGUUAUCUUGCCACCAAAAGUAUUCGACGUUCAAACACAAUCAGGAUCAGUCACGUUAAAUUCAGAAACACAAACACCACAAGAACAUAGGCCAAUAAUCGAAAUGAAAGAUUUGAUUACACAACACGAGAAACGUCCAGAGCCAAUUGUACACAAAAAACUACAAGCAAUAGUACAACCACCGACAAUUAACACUGAGACUCAGACGAUGGUAGAGAGACCACCACCGGUUAUCUUGCCACCAAAAGUAUUCGACGUUCAAACACAAUCAGGAUCAGUCACGUUAAAUUCAGAAACACAAACACCACAAGAACAUAGGCCAAUAAUCGAAAUGAAAGAUUUGAUUACACAACACGAGAAACGUCCAGAGCCAAUUGUACACAAAAAACUACAAGCAAUAGUACAACCACCGACAAUUAACACUGAGACUCAGACGAUGGUAGAGAGACCACCACCGGUUAUCUUGCCACCAAAAGUAUUCGACGUUCAAACACAAUCAGGAUCAGUCACGUUAAAUUCAGAAACACAAACACCACAAGAACAUAGGCCAAUAAUCGAAAUGAAAGAUUUGAUUACACAACACGAGAAACGUCCAGAGCCAAUUGUACACAAAAAAUUACAAGCAAUAGUACAACCACCGACAAUUAACACUGAGACUCAGACGAUGGUAGAGAGACCACCACCGGUUAUCUUGCCACCAAAAGUAUUCGACGUUCAAACACAAUCAGGAUCAGUCACGUUAAAUUCAGAAACACAAACUACACACGAACCGAAAAUAAUCCCAGCUAUAAAGGAUGCGAGUGUGAUUCAUGAACCACAUCACAUACAAACAGUCAACAAGAAACUUCAAGCUGUGGUAUAUCAUCCAUCUGACGAUGUUUGUUUGCAAACCGAAGAAGUAACAGUACAACCUGUCAAACCCGUUCCUCAGGCGUUCUCUCGAGCUCCGCAAGUCGAACAUAAGCAAACACAAGCAGAAUGGCUAAAGACUAAGACAAAAACAUUUGAUAUACAAGCGCAAUCAGGUAUAGUAGUCAAGACACAGUCCACACAAACUAUUCUAGAAGAACAACCAAUAUUCCAUACAGCAGACGUCAGUGUGAUUCACAGUGAAAAAUCACCUUUGCUGGUGAACAAGAAACUUCAAGCAACCAUACGUCAAUCAGUUGAGAACACGAGCACACAGACUGAUACGAUGGCUCAAGUCCCUACUGUACUACCAAAAACCACGUUCGAUGUUGUGACUCAAUCCGGCACUAUCCACUGUGCAAAGUCAGUUCAGACUAUUCCAGAGGAACGACCAGUAUUCCACACUGUCAAUGUAGGACUUGAUCAUACAGAGAAAUCACCUUCAUUGGUAGGCAAGAAGCUUCAGGCGACAAUGCGUCAAUCAGUUGAGAACACGAGCACACAGACUGAUACGAUGGCUCAAGUCCCUACUGUACUACCAAAAACCACGUUCGAUGUUGUGACUCAAUCCGGUACUAUCCACUGUGCACAGUCAGUUCAGACUAUUCCAGAGGAACGACCAGUAUUCCACACUGUCAAUGUAGGACUUGAUCAUACUGAGAAAUCACCUUCAUUAGUAGGCAAGAAGCUUCAGGCGACAAUGCGUCAAUCAGUUGAGAACACGAGCACACAGACUGAUACGAUGGCUCAAGUCCCUACUGUACUACCAAAAACCACGUUCGAUGUUGUGACUCAAUCCGGCACUAUCCACUGUGCACAGUCAGUUCAGACUAUUCCAGAGGAACGACCAGUAUUCCACACUGUCAGUGUAGGAGUAGAUCUUACUGGGAAAUUACAGUCCGUAUUAUACGAGAAUGUUCAGGCCACAAUGCGUCAAUCAGUUGAGAACACGAGCACACAGACUGAUACGAUGGCUCAAGUCCCUACUGUACUACCAAAAACCACGUUCGAUGUUGUGACUCAAUCCGGCACUAUCCACUGUGCAAAGUCAGUUCAGACUAUUCCAGAGGAACGACCAGUAUUCCACACUGUCAAUGUAGGACUUGAUCAUACUGAGAAAUCACCUUCAUUGGUAGGCAAGAAGCUUCAGGCGACAAUCCGUCAAUCAGUUGAGAACACGAGCACACAGACUGAUACGAUGGCUCAAGUCCCUACUGUACUACCAAAAACCACGUUCGAUGUUGUGACUCAAUCCGGUACUAUCCACUGUGCACAGUCAGUUCAGACUAUUCCAGAGGAACGACCAGUAUUCCACACUGUCAAUGUAGGACUUGAUCAUACUGAGAAAUCACCUUCAUUAGUAGGCAAGAAGCUUCAGGCGACAAUCCGUCAAUCAGUUGAGAACACGAGCACACAGACUGAUACGAUGGCUCAAGUCCCUACUGUACUACCAAAAACCACGUUCGAUGUUGUGACUCAAUCCGGUACUAUCCACUGUGCACAGUCAGUUCAGACUAUUCCAGAGGAACGACCAGUAUUCCACACUGUCAGUGAAGGAGUAGAUCUUACUGGGAAAUUACAGUCCGUAUUAUACGAGAACGUUCAGGCCACAAUGCGUCAAUCAGUUGAGAACACGAGCACACAGACUGAUACGAUGGCUCAAGUCCCUACUGUACUACCAAAAACCACGUUCGAUGUUGUGACUCAAUCUGGUACUCUAUCUCUUAAUGUUGGUUGUCAAGCUGUUCUUAUUUCGGGAGAUUUAUUAUUGAACGAUGUUGCUGUUGAUCAUGUUGGGUCAAUAAAUCCCUGUUUCUCUCAAGGUGUUCAAGUUGGUACACAAGUUGAAUGUAGAAAUGUUGAAAUACAAUGUGUGAUAAAAGAUAAAAAUGUAGUGGAUAUUCGGGAUGUAGACGCGCAAUUCGACGUAUUAUGCCGUCAGCAAGAAACUCAAACUUUUAGCUUACCAUCAACGACAACGAAAGAAGGAAGCGUUCAGCACGCACCAACGACUACACAAUUAAUAAAUAAAAAGUUACAAGUAACUGUUUCCCAGUCGAUUCGAGAGGCAGCCGCGCAAACAUACGAAUCAAUACCAGUUGUAACAGUACCCACGAUGCAAACAAUUUAUCACUCAUCACAGACACAUGAAAGACCAUCACAGACUGAGAGUAUGGGAUUAUUUAACCGUCAGACCUACGCGCAUAUCAAAUCUAAAACAAUUGAUGUAGAAACGCAAUCAGGAAUCAUUUGCAAAUCACAGGGAUUGCAGACAAAAUUAGACCAUAAACUGUUCGGAAUGACAAAAGAAAAUAGUACACAGUAUGAGGCAGUUCAAAGAACAAUGAUAAAUAUAGAUAUUCAAGCAGAUGCUCGACAUGCAGUGGCUUAUCGUUAUGUCCAAACAGAUGAAAGUCAACUGAUACAUAUCAAGCAGAAACACCAGAUGAAUGUACAGACACAAUCAGGAAUAAUUCAAAAAGAACAAGGAAUACAAACACGUGAAGAGGUUCAAGCCACAGUGAACGUAACCGACGUUACUGUAACUCAUGAAUUUAAAACACGACAAAUAAACAAGAAAUUGCAAGCAACCAUAAUGUCGCAAAUGAAAGACACCAUAAUACAAACAGAACCAGAAGGAAACUCUGUUUAUCCAACGGCAACAAAACCUACAUUUGAUGUGCAAACACAGUCAGGAUCAGUCACGAUAAAUUCAGAAACACAAACUACACACGAACCGAAAAUAAUCCCAGCUAUAAAGGAUGCGAGUGUGAUUCAUGAACCACAUCACAUACAAACAGUCAACAAGAAACUUCAAGCUGUGGUAUAUCAUCCAUCUGACGAUGUUUGUUUGCAAACCGAAGAAGUAACAGUACAACCUGUCAAACCCGUUCCUCAGGCGUUCUCUCGAGCUCCGCAAGUCGAACAUAAGCAAACACAAGCAGAAUGGCUAAAGACUAAGACAAAAACAUUUGAUAUACAAGCGCAAUCAGGUAUAGUAGUCAAGACACAGUCCACACAAACUAUUCUAGAAGAACAACCAAUAUUCCAUACAGCAGACGUCAGUGUGAUUCACAGUGAAAAAUCACCUUUGCUGGUGAACAAGAAACUUCAAGCAACCAUACGUCAAUCAGUUGAGAACACGAGCACACAGACUGAUACGAUGGCUCAAGUCCCUACUGUACUACCAAAAACCACGUUCGAUGUUGUGACUCAAUCCGGCACUAUCCACUGUGCACAGUCAGUUCAGACUAUUCCAGAGGAACGACCAGUAUUCCACACUGUCAAUGUAGGACUUGAUCAUACUGAGAAAUCACCUUCAUUGGUAGGCAAGAAGCUUCAGGCGACAAUGCGUCAAUCAGUUGAGAACACGAGCACACAGACUGAUACGAUGGCUCAAGUCCCUACUGUACUACCAAAAACCACGUUCGAUGUUGUGACUCAAUCCGGCACUAUCCACUGUGCACAGUCAGUUCAGACUAUUCCAGAGGAACGACCAGUAUUCCACACUGUUGAUGUAAGCGUUGAUCAUAUUGAUAAUGCCCCUAUUGUUCGAUCAACAGUGUCAUCGACAGUGCAUACUCUUCCAAAUACAUCACAAUCAACACAAACCAUUCCCACUAAACUGGCUGAUACAUUCUGUCAAGCAACGUUAUCUUCUAUCACAUACGACGUCCAAAUUCAGUCUGGAGUAAUACAUUCAGUAGAUGGAACACAAACUGUCGAUUUAACUCCACCUAUUGCAAUGAAAGAAAUGAGUGUCGUACAUGAAAAGGAACCAACUAUUUUGAAGGGGAAGAAACUUCAGGUUCGUUGUGAUUCCACUGAUUUGGGAGUCCAAACAGAUCAAAUUACUCCAAUUGUUCAGCCAACAAUCUCAUCGACAAUGCAUACUCUUCCAAAUACAUCACAAUCAAUACAAACCAUUCCCACUAAACUGGCUGAUACAUUCUGUCAAGCAACGUUAUCUUCUAUCACAUACGACGUCCAAAUUCAGUCUGGAGUAAUACAUUCAGUAGAUGGAACACAAACUGUCGAUUUAACUCCACCUAUUGCAAUGAAAGAAAUGAGUGUCGUACAUGAAAAGGAACCAACUAUUUUGAAGGGGAAGAAACUUCAGGUUCGUUGUGAUUCCACUGAUUUGGGAGUCCAAACAGAUCAAAUUACUCCAAUUGUUCAGCCAACAAUCUCAUCGACAAUGCAUACUCUUCCAAAUACAUCACAAUCAAUACAAACCAUUCCCACUAAACUGGCUGAUACAUUCUGUCAAGCAACGUUAUCUUCUAUCACAUACGACGUCCAAAUUCAGUCUGGAGUAAUACAUUCAGUAGAUGGAACACAAACUGUCGAUUUAACUCCACCUAUUGCAAUGAAAGAAAUGAGUGUCGUACAUGAAAAGGAACCAACUAUUUUGAAGGGGAAGAAACUUCAGGUUCGUUGUGAUUCCACUGAUUUGGGAGUCCAAACAGAUCAAAUUACUCCAAUUGUUCAGCCAACAAUCUCAUCGACAAUGCAUACUCUUCCAAAUACAUCACAAUCAACACAAACCAUUCCCACUAAACUGGCUGAUACAUUCUGUCAAGCAACGUUAUCUUCUAUCACAUACGACGUCCAAAUUCAGUCUGGAGUAAUACAUUCAGUAGAUGGAACACAAACUGUCGAUUUAACUCCACCUAUUGCAAUGAAAGAAAUGAGUGUCGUACAUGAAAAGGAACCAACUAUUUUGAAGGGGAAGAAACUUCAGGUUCGUUGUGAUUCCACUGAUUUGGGAGUCCAAACAGAUCACACUAUGUCUACUGUUCACUUGGACGGUAAAUUAACUCAAACUGCUUUAGUUCAUUAUACGGAUGUAUCAUGUCAGUAUACUGAACUCACGAAGCCUUCAUCAACUAGUCAUGUAGUAACGUCCAGAGUUGUUAGCAUUCAAACAGAUGUGCCUUUUUCAACAAACAUACGUGUGGAUCAACGAAACAAGAAAUUUCAAGUAAAUCUAAUAUCUCCUUCAUCACCGAAGACUCCAACAAAUGUAGCUUCUAUAGGAACACAAACCUCAGAUUAUAGAUAUCAGGAUAUAAGUAUUGGACAGGUUGAUAAAACAACAGUUUCAUCAGUGGAUGCAUAUAUGGUUCAUGAUUCAGUGUCUAACGUGACAAGCACUUCACAAGCAAUACCAAAAAUAAAAAUAGAUCAAGAGUGCCAAGUAAAAAUAACUCCUCAACAAUAUCAAAAGAAACUUCAGUGUGGUCCCUCAUUUUCUACAUUAAAAAAUACAUCUUCUCAAACUAUACAGGAUAGUUGUCUACGCGACCAUCAGAGAACUUCUUUGUCGUCAAGUAUUGGAGUUCAGGUGAGUAAUGUACGACCAGUAGUUACAGUAGAUACAGGGACUCAAGAAACAAGACCAAGUGAGACUUCUCCAUCACCUUUACAAGUUAAGAACAAAAAACUACAGGUCUACCCAUCUAAACUUGGUGAACAAGUAGAAGAAGAAUUUAUACAUCCUCAAGAGACAAUCUGCAAAGGAAUGCCCACCUCAUUAACUGAGAUAACACAGACAGAUGAGUGUUUAUUAAAAAAUAUUGAAUGUUUCAAGUGUAUAUCACGGGGAAGUGAUAAGAAAACGAUUGAUAAAGACGUGCAAUCGGAAGAAAAAUCAAUAAGAACAAAACAAACAGCAUCCAGUACAGUGAAAUCAAACUACUUUACACGUAUUCUCCAAAUGGAAACUAUUCCUGACAAGCCAAAAGCACCAGACACAUCCGAUGUGCUGAAACUAUACAGAGAGUCCGGUUACAGAGCUAAGGGUGAAUCAAGGGAUGUUCAAACUGAUGCGUUUUUGUUGGGAAGUAUUCAAUUACCUGAAAGUAAGGAAGUUGAUGGCGUGGGAAAAUUUUCGAAAAAAACCACAAUUGUUCAGUUGGAAAAGUUAACUACGGAUAAGUGUGUAGAUACUAUGCCCUUUGAAAAAGGACUUAUAGAAUCUCAAACAUCCUAUCAUGAUAUCCAGACAUCUGAAAGGAGAAAUGUAAGGUUACCAAAAGAAACACCAUGGCCAGAAGCACAAGCAACAAAUGUUCUACAAGAUAUUCAGUUUGAAAUAAGACAUCCUCAAAUGAUAGAUUCAAGUGGGAGUUACUCACCUCAACAAAAUUCAGUUUCAGUUAGUGUACGACCAACUACUCAUAUGCUUACUCAUGCAGAAUCAACAAGCAGAAGUGGAAAUGGAAAGGUCAAGACACCGUAUCAAUAUUCAAAACCAGAUGUUGUAAGUUGGGGAGUACAAUUUGCACCAGUAACACUUACUGGAGUAACGCAAACCACUGAAUCUUCGAAACAUAAGUUAGCUAUCGAUUCGUCAGUAAACAUAAGUGUACAAACUGAUGCGGUUGAAGAUGACUAUUAUAUAAAAAGAGUUGUGACGACAAUAGCUAGGAAAGGUCUGUCAUCUUAUUGUCGUCGAGGUCCAGUAGCCAAAAAAAUUGUCGAACACACCGAUCUAUUGACAUCAAGUUUACCUAGUAACCUAGAUGAAGAGUUUGAUGAAGAAACAACAAUUGGACCAAGAACAACGAAGGUCACAACUAUGCAAAAACGUGGAGAUCGUCGAGUAGUACAUGAAGAAUUACUUACAGAGGACUAUAGGGAAAGAGGAAGUUCACUUGACUCUCGUGUAGCCCAUGGACAGUUUCCGAGAGAAACACACCCACAGGAUAUCGAUUUGCAUGAAAUGCAUGAACAUGAGACAGACAUAUAUACUGAUGCUGAAAUUUGUUUGCAGAAUUUAUUGAAAGUAUGGGGAGAGCAAUACUUGCUUUCUAGAUUACGAACGAUCGGUAGAUACUCAGAGCUUUCAGUUAGUCUUGAUCGAAGUAUACAUACAGCAGAAAAAUCACGGCUGGUUGAAGCGAAGACACAGUUUACUUCAACGGGUAACUUAGUGAGUCAAAUCAGAAAUCUUGAGAAUAUAGGAACACAGACUAGUGAUAUUCUCCUUAUCACUCGACCUCCACACAAAAAUAAAAGGAUACAACGUGGCCGUAGCUUCAUUUCUGGAGGAACAAAUCAGCCACCACCGACGCGUAGUGGCUCGGUAGUAAGUCCACUGUCGCCGACAACAGAAGAACUGACAAGUCAUCAUCGUCAACACGGGAUAACAAGUAUGCAGACACGUACUUCUCAUCCAUUUAAUUUGGCCACUACCACAUUUACAGAGACUACACAAGAGCAAUCGACAUUCAGUAUUGAACAUACAGUCCAGACUUAUACAUGUCCAACAUGUGGGAGUCAAGCUAACAUUCCAGUGACCGUUCAUUCACAAAUACAACCUCAAACACUUCCAAUAACGCAAUUAAAAGACGCCCAAUCACAAACUCGGUUUAUCGGGCAGAUGACAACUGAUAAUAACUGCACAUAUCUACCAACUUACCUAAGUGAUGAAGAAGUAAUUCGCAUAAAUCAGAGCCAGAAAAUUGAAGACAGAGAAUUUUCGAUGGUGACAUGGCAUCCAGCAGAAAUACGAGAUACAGAACGCCGUAAGGAUAGCGACACAAGUAACCAGAUACGAGAUGAAGUUUGGGUUGAUAGUCCUGGGAAAUUGCUGGAACUCAAAAUAACUGGAGUAAUAGUACCUGGAACAAGCAAAAUCGUUAGCGCAAGUGAAGCAUUUUACCGUGGUCUACUAAGAGUAGUAUACUGGGAUUAUGAAAAACUUGGACCUAGACAAUCAUCAGUAGAUUCAACAGUUUCCAUACCACUCGCAGAUGCAGUGAUUUCUAAGGCAGUUCGGUUAGCUAGUGAUAGAAUAUCGACAGAAACGCAGCCAUCAUUGGAUGCCAAAAUAGUUUGGAGGACACCAGAGAUACAACGAAGUAGGUAUCUAGUACAUUCAAUUAGACCUGAUGCAGGUCAAAACAAGCAUAACCCAAUUAAUCUGGACGUUGCAUCUGCAAUACGAGCUGGUCUAAUUGACAAAGAAACCGGUCAAAUGUUGUUUACACAUUCUGUUUACGAGUCACCAUUUAGUACUGAUUCACCGAUAAGUAAAAAAGGUGAUAGUAGCUCUGACCAAACUGAACGAUUAUCAGUCAGAGAAGCAAUUGUACGUGGAUUUUUAGUUGCGGAAUUAAUAGAACCAGAAUCAUCGUAUAUAACAAAGCAAAGUUUAUCAUUUAUUGUUCCAAGUACAAGUUAUUCACACUCUCCAACUGAUGUUGACAUUUGA